AUGGCGGACGGCCCGGCCCCGAAGCGGCGGCGGGAAGAGGGCGAGGCGGCCCCGGGCGGCUCCCCGUUCCCGUUGGGCUCCGUGCGGAUGCGGCGGCUGCUGCGGGACUCGGCGCGCGAGAAGGCGGCCUUCGUGCACGGCCAGGUGUCCGGGCCGGCGGGGGAGGAGACGGACGCCGUGCUGAUCCUGGAGAAAACGCCGUUCCGGGAGGAGGAGAUCGGGGAGCUGCUGAGGAGGCACGCCAAGCUGGAGCUGCAGACGCGCAACGACAUUUACAGCACGUACCGCCUCUACCCGCCCCCCGAGCUGAGCGAGAUAAAAGCCACAGUGGUGUACCCUGCCACAGAGAAACACCUUCAGAAGUACCUCCGUCAGGAAGUGCACCUGGUCCGUGAAACCUGGGAGGACUACAAGAACAUAACGCUGCCCUUCAUCCAGUCCCAGAGCUUCAGCAUCCAGUGGGUGUAUAAUAUCCUGGAGAAGAAAGCUGAGGCUGAUCGAAUCAUCCAUGAAAACCCAGACCCUUGCAAUGGCUUUGUUCUAGUUCCAGAUUUUAAGUGGAAUCAAAACCAGCUCGAGGACCUCUACCUGAUAGCCCUCAUUCACCGCCGCGGUGUGAAGUCUCUCCGGGACCUCACAGCAGAGCACCUCCCUUUGCUGAGGAACGUCUUGCAGGAGGGCAAGGAAGCCAUAGCAAAACGCUUUGGUGUGCCCGGAUCCCAGCUCCGCAUCUACCUGCACUACCAGCCCUCCUACUACCACCUGCACGUGCAUUUCACCGCCCUGGGCUACGAUGCUCCGGGCAGCUCUGCUGAGAGAGCCCAUCUGCUGGAGGACGUCAUCGACAACCUGCUGCUGGAUGCUCAGUUCUACCAGAAGCGGGCGCUGACCUUCGCCCUGCGGGCUGACGAACCCCUGCUGAAGAAAUUCCAGGAGGCAGGAAGAGCGUGAGCUGGCAGAGCCAAACGUGGAGCUGCUUUUUUAUCCCGUGGGUUUGGGUGAUUUUUGUUUCCAGAGUUUCGUCGCUUUUUGGUUUUUUUUUAUACUCGGGUUUUGUACGAAAUUGGGGCUGUCAGCCCAUUGCCAUGGAAACUGCUCCUUCAGUCAAUUAAAACCUUGAUUGGGUAA